UUCAACCAAGAAGACACAAAUAUUUCCCCACACUUUAUUUUUUCAUUUAUCUUUAUCUCACCAACCCAUCACUAGUUCCUGUUCCUCUGUAACCCAUUUCGUCUUCUUCAACUUUUGCUCUUAGAUCUAUUAUUAAUCCAUGGCUUCGUUUAUUCACUAGGUGGUGUUAGUCGCUGUGUGUGGAAUAAAAUUAGGGGGUUUUGAUCAUUUGUAGUUAUGGCAACUUUGAACCCUUUUGAUUUGUUGGGUGAUGAUGCUGAGGAUCCGAGCCAGCUUGCUGUUUCCAUCGAGAAAACUGAUAAGUCCAAGAAAUCUGGACAAGUUUCGGGCUUGUCUGCUAAGUCAACUCCUAAGCUUCCCUCUAAGCCACUUCCUCCUGCUCAAGCCGUGAGAGAGGCAAGGAGUGAUGCUCCGCGUGGUGGUGGUGGAGGAGGCCGUGGAGGAUUUAGCCGUGGUCGUGGUGGUUACAAUCGUGAUGAUGGUAACAAUGGAUAUUCAGGAGGAUACUCUAAACCAUCUGAGGAAGGAGAUGUUUCUAAGUCUUCUUACGAGAGGCGUGCUGGUGGUGGUGGUGCUCCUCGUGGUUCUUUCCGUGGUGAAGGUGGUGGUGGUGGUCGUCGUGGUGGAUUCAGCAAUGAGGGUGGUGAAGGUGAACGUCCUCGAAGGACAUUUGAGCGUCGUAGUGGAACUGGCAGAGGGAGUGACUUCAAACGUGAUGGAUCUGGCCGUGGGAAUUGGGGAACUCCAGGGGAAGAGUUAGCUUCAAGCUUCUCUGCAUCUUUAAGUGAGACUGAAGCAGUAGCUGGUGUUGACACUGAGAAGGAUGUUGGGGAGAAACCAGCUGUUGAUGCUGAUGCUAACAAGGAGAACACUGCUGAAGUUGAGGAGAAAGAGCCUGAGGAUAAGGAAAUGACUCUUGAUGAGUAUGAAAAGAUACUUGAGGAGAAGAAAAAGGCACUUCAAUCAUUGACCACCACUGAGAGGAAAGUUGAUACUAAAGUGUUUGAAUCAAUGCAACAACUGUCAAACAAGAAGUCUAAUGAUGAAAUCUUCAUCAAGUUGGGUUCUGAUAAGGACAAACGCAAAGAUGACAAAGAAGAGAAGGCUAAAAAGGCUGUGAGCAUCAAUGAGUUUCUGAAGCCAGCUGAGGGUCAGAACUUCUACCGAGGAGGUCGCGGUGGCCGUGGACGUGGUGGUCGCGGCCGUGGAGGUGUUUCUAGUGAAGAGCAUGGUGGUUACCGUAAUGAACCUGCACCAGCCAUUGGAGAUACCACUCACUUCCCAUCUCUUGGCGGAAAGUAAGAUCCAUCCACGUCGAAACUCGUCCAGCAUCCUUAACGAUAUUGUGCCAGGGUUUACUGUUUACCGGUCUCUCGUUGUCAGGUGUAAAUGUUUAGGUGUAGAUUUUAUGCAAACUUACGCCUGACGUCUUUACUUUUGAAACUACACUCUUUUUAUUUACCAUUAUAGGGAAAAAAACAAGAAGUCUUUUUAGGUGUUUUGUCUUUGUUGUUUACUUGUUUUCUUACUUAUGAAACAUGUUUUGAGACAGACAUAUCUAAAUGUUAUGGGUUUUGAGUCUGAA